GACCCCCGCAGCCGAUCGGUCCCUUGGGAGUUUGGAUAGCUUCAUCUCAACCAUGACGCAAUAACCUUCAUUCACUCUCUGGCGACUCAAGGUCUACCCCUCAUGGCUAGCCAUGCAAAGCUGGAAAAAGGACUGGGCGAUCGGUUAAAGCCCGUGGCCGACUCUUUGGACCUCGUGGGGUUUGUAUCCAAAGGCGAUCGAAAAUUACUAGAUCACAAGGUUCAGAAAGACUACUUUGAUAAGAUUGUUACCCAAUAUAUGGAAUUCUGCGCCCGCCAUUUCAAGGACUUGGAUGCGGCAUUAAUGUCACUUCCCAAGAGCGCUUCGAGCGAUGCAACCAGCAAUCCACCGGUCUCUUUUCCCUCCCCAACCAAUAAGCCGACAGGCGAUGGCAGCCCACCACCAUCCACAGAGCUGUCGACAAUCCUUCUUUCCCUCCGCAAGUUGCGAGAGGCGGUUUUGGCCACGGGUUCCACGAUCCCGAUAUCUUUCUCCCAGCAAGUCCAUAUCUUGUCCAUUCAGAUCGCAAUCCAAGCCCGACAUCCCCCGUCAUACUUUCCUUCCUUUCGCUAUACCCUAGAGAAAUUACACACCCCUUCUUGCCCAUUACCUGACUCCGACUUGAACGACCUCAUUUCAUACUGGAUCCUCGAUUACGCCUGUCGACAAGAGGACAUGGUUGCUGCUUAUCAGCUACGUUCGUGCGCGCGCAAGCGGUACGGCUUCCAGUCAUCGAUCAUAGACCGUGUUCUGAAUGCCCUGGCACAUGACAAUUGGGUUGUGUUCUGGCAAAUCCGGAACGGGGUAGAUUCUCGGGUGCGCGCCGUCAUGAACUGGGCUGAAGACCGCGUCAGAAGACAUGCUCUCAAGGCAGUCGGCAAAGCUUAUCUCAGUACUGAUGCCAGGUGGAUUACCGAAGGUUGCACCGGCACCAGGAGUUGGACAUGGGAGAACCUGGUAGAGGCGGAGAACCUGGGUUGGGAGAAAGAAGGCAAUAGAAUUAUCAUCCGGAAGCCAAAGCAAAAACCCCAAACGAACCUUGCACCCAUCAAGGAGCAUCCGUGAUGGGUGUUGAUCUGACAUCAUCAUCGUUGUAUCGUUAUUUGGCGCUUAAAAGGGCAUUAGAGGAGCAUGGCGUUUUUCUAGGUAGAUAGAAGGU